GACCGUUCUUUGGAAAGUUGACUUGCGCAGGUGGUCGAUUUUAUAACUCGAAUCUGGUGAAAAUUCUAAAAAUGAACAUCUUCCACGUUUCGUACUUUUCACUAUGCUAAAAUAUGAGAUACUUCGCGUGAGGCUACUCGAUCAGAAACCCCGCGAUCUCGGAUCGAAUUCCUUCCGUUUCGAGAUUUCACAUUUUCAUUUGGAAAUUCGGGCGAAUAAACCCACGUGAGAUGACAGUGCGAGAAGUGAGCAUUCUCGCCGUUAGUGACAUUACAAAGCGAAGACGGGGAAGCUAGAGUGAUUGCUGUUACCCUACUAUUUAUUUUGACAUGGCGCAACAUUGUACCCGUAUCACGAUAGAUACAUGCGUCUUUUUUUUUUUUUUUUAAUUAAAAUUUAACCGCGUCGAGGCACGUAUUUUCUUCUCGUCCAUCUGCCUAAAUGGUAACAAAUUAUUGUUCGACAGGAUUUUAAACAUGGCGAUCGAGUUGUCCGUGUAAACGUAAUAUGGCGGUGCCGCAUCUUGAAUUCUGAGUUUAAGGGAAGAUGGAGACAAGAUUAUAAACACGCAACUCGAGCCUUACAUAGCAUGUACAUACUCGUAUGUAUGUAUGUACAAGUUAGCGGUAUUUAGUUCGGGUGUUUAUCUUUCGUCGAAUAUCCCGGGAAUCGUCGUGCCGUUUAGUCCUCUGAUCUGGCAUUGCCUGAUACCGACAGUUGACGGGCAUUUGCUAAUUCAUGAGUUGAAGCUAGAAAAUCGUCGAUAUGGGUGGCCUGCUUAGUUAUUUUCAAAAUUUACUUGGAAGUCGAGAGCGUCGAAUUUUAAUCUUAGGCUUAGAUGGUGCAGGGAAGACUACGAUCUUGUACAGGUUACAGGUAGGCGAAGUGGUCACUACGAUACCCACCAUAGGGUUUAACGUAGAACAAGUAACUUAUAAGAAUUUAAAGUUCCAAGUCUGGGAUCUUGGUGGACAAACAAGUAUACGACCAUACUGGAGGUGCUAUUAUUCGAACACAGAUGCAAUUAUUUAUGUGGUGGACUCGGCCGAUAGAGAUAGGAUAGGCAUUUCAAAAGAUGAACUGCUCUUCAUGCUAAGGGAGGACGAACUGCAGGGCGUGGUCCUGGUAGUAUUGGCAAACAAGCAGGACAUGGCAGGGUGUCUGAGCGUAGCGGAGGUUCAUCAGGCCCUGGGUUUGGAUGCCCUAAAGAACCGGACCUUCCAGAUCUUCAAGACAUCCGCGACGAAGGGCGAGGGCCUCGAACAGGCGAUGGACUGGCUCUCGAACGCGCUGCAGAGCAGGAAAUGAUCAGGGCCUUCUUUCCGGAGGUCCGCGUCGGCCAAGCCUUACUCUCUGCCAUUAACGCGGUGGCUUCUCGACGAAUCGUCGCGCGGUUCCUGCGGUUCCUGCGGUUCCUGCGGUUCCAUCGCUCGGAGAUCGGCGCCACGACGUUCCGGGACCGGAACCGAGGAGAGGCCUUCUCGUUGCGCGAAACGCGGUCCCGUCUUUCCACCGUGGAAAUUGUACAUAGGAUUGUCGUUUGUCUGGACGAGUCGAUGGCUCCGCGAAGCGUUACUCUAGUUUUGGGCUUUCUUUCCAAUUAAGCGUCUCUAGAAUCCGUUCGUACCGUUUUCUACUCUGUGAGGAGCUGGCGGAAAAUAAGUAUAUGGGAAUAUAGGAGUAUGCUUUGGUCGAACUCGUCGUUUCUCGCGUCCCUUCCGCCAAUCUCUCGGAAUCUCUUUGAAAAUGAUUCGUUGACGUGUCGACCGUAGAUCGCGUUACUUUCUGACAUUCUUACAAGAUCGAAUCGUCAAUCGAAAUCUUUUUCUACGCUGUUUAGGUAUUUUCGAAAGGCGCUUUGCAUUUUGUGACACUAAAUCGCGAAGAAGGACCCAAGAUCAACGAAUAAUUUUCUGGUACACGAUUACCCUCGGCGAGCCAAGGAGGUAUUUCAAAACCUUGGAGAUUUGACCCUUCUAGGGUCUUUCGUAAUUUCGUGAAGCUGCCUUUCCAAAAAAUCAAUCCUCUUUUCCAGCUGGAAUACCAAAUAUUAGUGAAACGAAGCUUUGCACUGUCGCUUGUUGGCACAACGGUUGCUCGAGAGAGAUGACAACAAUGGAGACGCGACAUAACCUCGAUUUUUUUCUUUCCUUUUUUCUAAUAAAUUCAGUAACAUAUGGGUUAAUUGAGAACACCUUGGAGAUUUUUACAUCAUUUAGAUCUUACAUAAAAUCAUAAUAAUAAUUCGAUCAUGUACAAUUCAUUUCGUCUCGGUAGGUUUUACGCAUGUACGACGUUGCAUCGUUAUGAUUUCUUUGUAACUGUUGUAUAACUUGUAAUUGCCAUUAUUAUGUAAAUGAAAAAUAGCACAUAUAAAUGUA